UGGGGGGUAUCCCCGUCUCCCACUGGAGUAGCCGUCGUCCAUGGAGCAGCGGCAUGAGCACUGACGGAGUCUGCUCCGGGUGCCAUGGUCCACAGUCCCAUCGCUGCGCACGACCCUCAGGCCAGCGCUGGCAGGCAGCAGGCUUUGCUGCUUGACGCCGACAGAGGUUCCCCGACGCAGUCGUCCAGCCCCCUGGACUACCGGUGCCACGCGAGCCCGACCCGACCGACCACGUCCCCGCGAGAAGCCAUGGGCUUAUCCGACCGCGGAGACCCGCCCUGCGCCAACGAAGGUCCACAGCUGCCCUCCGUCCAGACGAACCCCAGGACCGCGACUCCGGCUUCUAGCGACGCCCUCUGCCACCGCAUCACGUCCACUUCCCUGACCGGCGGUGGCCGCUUCGACCUGGUCGCCACCGCGGACGACGGUGACAGAUCCUCGGCGCGCAGACCCACGCCUCCGACGCCCGUCGCGAACGCGGUCGCGAAUCACCAUCAUCACCAUCAGCAAAAUCAGCAUCAGUCGUCCCACCAGUCACACCAGGGACAACAUCAGCAGCAGAACCACACGUCGUCUUCUGGGAGGGCUUCCAUGCUGAUGAGGCCGGACAGUCCGCAAGAGAUGACGGACGACUUCCCCAAAAGGAAGCAGCGACGGUACAGGACUACCUUCACCAGUUACCAGCUAGAAGAGCUCGAGAAGGCCUUCUCGAGAACGCACUACCCGGAUGUCUUUACAAGGGAGGAGUUGGCGAUGCGAGUGGACUUGACGGAAGCUAGAGUACAGGUCUGGUUCCAGAACCGGCGGGCCAAGUGGCGCAAGCAAGAGAAGGCUGCGGGCAACGCCCUCCAGUCCCAGGGCUACAACCCGUACUCCACGGCCCAGUCCCUUAGCUCGUCCACCCCAACCAUGGCCGGUGCCCACCCGCCACCCUCGGUGGCGGCAGCAGCCGCAGCGGCCGCCUUCGGCUCCCUGUAUGGCCGAAAGCCUCCGUCGGCUGAGGCAUCCCUGCUCAACCAUGCCCGCCUCUCGCCGUACCUCGGCGCCACUGGCAUGCCGCUGCUGACGCCCGGCCACGCGUUCUUCCCCAUGAGCCCGUUCGGGCCUUUUCUGCCGCCGUCGCUGCCACUCUACCAGACGCCGGCGCCUUUCCAGAACUGGCUGGCCACCCUGUCGGCCCACAACCGACAGCGGACGGACAUCGUGCCGCCGUCUGAGGUGCCGGUGCCACCAACGCCGGUGCUGCCACCCUCUCCACCGUCCCUGGUGCAUCACCAGAGAGUGCCUCCUCCUCUACCGAUAGUGCCACCGCCACCCGCGCCAGCCAUGGUGUCCGUCCCCCCGCCGCUGCCGGCCACGGCCGCCCAGAGACCGGUCUUGAGCAGCAGUCCGGCGAGGUCGUCGUCAAGCGUCUCGCCCGGUAUGAACACGACCGGAAGCUUGUCGCCGUCGGCAUCGCCUCCCAGCGGAGAUCGGAGGAGCUCGAGCAUCGCUGCGCUUCGACUGAAGGCGAGGGAACAUGAAAUUCAGUUGGAGAUCAUGCGCAAGGCCAAUGGCGAGAUUGCCAGCUAGCCCCUGCAGGAAGGGAAUCUCGUGGCACUGCCGUGUCUUUGGGACC